AAGGUAGUUGCCGAUUGCUUGUAGCAAAAAUGUCUGUCGCAGAGACUUUUUCCUCGUCGACCAUCUUUCUGAAGAUCUGCAUGGUGCUGGUCCCUCUGCAGACUUUACUGUAUAUCAUUGGGUUCUCCAGUAAUUACUGGGUUACUCAGAAGCAGCAAUUUCUAAAUAACGAAAUAAAAUCAAACGCAGGAUUAUGGGAGAUGUCAUAUUGUUUGUUGAAAUUCUGUCAGACUGGAGAAAUGAAUUCAGUGCCAGACUGGCUCCACGUGACAAGGUUCUUUGCAGCGAUUGGUGUGAUUGGGUUUCUGUUGAUCACCGUAGGGGUGUUCGUCUGUCUGCUUGUGACGCCAUUGUCUCAGAGGCGAAUACUUCACAUUUUGACAACUGUAAUUGCUGCAGGAACUGGUGUGGCAGUGUUGGUGGCCAUAGCAUUAUAUGGUUCUCAUUACAAUAACCCUAGAAGCUUUUCUUCUCAAAAUAUGAAUCUUGGUUCCUCCACAAGAAAUACGGACCUCGGUCUUUCUCGUAGGGGAUCUGCUGCAACCAAUUGGGCUGGAAAAUUACUUGAUUCCGGCAAGGAAACCAUGGACCCUGGGUGGGCCUAUGGCCUCUGUGUGGCUGCCCUAAUCCUUGACGUCAUUACAACCAUCUUACUCAUAAUAAACUCAGUAAAAAAACCAAAGAUCUAGACAUAAUCGGAAUCGGUACUGUACUGUACUGUUUAUCAGUACCCAUAAACACAAAUAACGAUAACUUCGACCAAUGACCAGGACAACCUUGUCAGUCUAUAAAUAGCUAAAAACAAUCGGUCUGUUAAUAGACCCCACGUCUUUUGUCUGACUUGUAGAUAAUAUAGACAUGUAAUGCAGCCUCUCUAAAUUGCAUGUAUCUUUUUUAAGACCCUGUGCAAAGAUAUUGUGUACUUGUAACCAGUUCCUAGCCCUUUGACUUCUUUGUAUCUCUUGUUGCUUGCAUUGUUAUGAUUUUGGCUUUACUCCACUUGCUAAUUGCUAGUUUUCUGUUUGUCUUGAAAAAUUUCAACUUAUUACUCCGAACCUGCACUGUCUCAUUAAUGUUGUAUUUCGAAUCAUUUUGUUUUCAAAAGAUGUACAUUCUUAAUCUCGUUAAAAUAUCAUUAAAAUUUAUAUCUUGAAACGUUAAAAGUAUUGCUUCUAAAUGUUAUAUCUUGUAUUUUUUUUAAAGAAUGCAAAUUUCAAAACGCAAGAUUUUGAAAAGUAUAUCUAAUAUGUUAAUAUUCAAAACAUGUUAUAAAUCUUUUAAUAAAAGAGGAAUAAUCUAGU